CGGGGUGGGCGGCGGAGCGGCGGGGCCGGCGACCAUUUAAAGCGAUAGCGAUCGGCUCCCGAGCCCAGUGCCCGGCCGGCGCCGCGCGAGCCACCAGCCCGCCGCCAGCCGGGGACCCCGCGCGGCGCGCCGGCCGCGCCAGCCCCAGAGCGCCCGGCGCCGCGGGACGCCCCCCCCUCCGCCCUCCGCAUCCCUCCCCGGCAGCCCCCCGCAGCCCGCCGGCCCCCCGGGACGCCGCGGGCACCCCCCCACCGCCGCCGCCGCCGGGGCAGCAUGGUCCAGCUGGGGCAGCUGCUCCGCGCCCUGACUUUGAUGAAGUUCCCCUGCUGCGUGCUGGAGGUGCUGCUGUGCGCGCUGGCGGCGGCGGCGCGCGGCCAGGAGAUGUACGCCCCGCACUCGAUCCGGAUCGAGGGGGACGUCACCCUCGGGGGGCUGUUCCCCGUGCACGCCAAGGGUCCCAGCGGAGUGCCGUGCGGCGACAUCAAGCGGGAGAACGGGAUCCACAGGCUGGAGGCGAUGCUCUACGCGCUGGACCAGAUCAACAGCGAUCCCAACCUGCUGCCCAACGUGACGCUGGGCGCGCGGAUCCUGGACACUUGUUCCAGGGACACUUACGCGCUCGAGCAGUCGCUCACUUUCGUGCAGGCGCUCAUCCAGAAGGACACCUCCGACGUGCGCUGCACCAACGGCGAGCCGCCCGUGUUCGUCAAGCCCGAGAAAGUGGUGGGGGUGAUCGGGGCUUCGGGCAGCUCCGUGUCCAUCAUGGUAGCCAACAUCCUGAGGCUCUUCCAGAUCCCUCAGAUCAGCUACGCGUCCACGGCGCCCGAGCUCAGUGACGACCGGCGCUAUGACUUCUUCUCCCGUGUGGUGCCACCCGACUCCUUCCAAGCCCAGGCCAUGGUGGACAUUGUCAAGGCUCUCGGCUGGAAUUAUGUGUCAACACUGGCGUCUGAAGGAAGUUAUGGAGAGAAAGGUGUGGAGUCCUUCACUCAGAUUUCCAAAGAGGCAGGUGGGCUCUGCAUUGCCCAGUCCGUGAGAAUCCCCCAAGAGCGCAAAGACAGGACCACUGACUUUGAUAGAAUUAUCAAACAGCUCCUGGACACUCCCAACUCCAGGGCCGUCGUGAUCUUUGCCAACGAUGAGGACAUAAAACAGAUUCUUGCCGCAGCCAAAAGAGCUGACCAAGUGGGCCAUUUCCUCUGGGUGGGAUCUGACAGCUGGGGAUCCAAAGUGAACCCACUGCACCAGAAUGAAGACAUUGCCGAAGGAGCCAUCACCAUCCAGCCCAAGCGAGCCACCGUGGAAGGGUUUGACGCCUACUUCACAUCCCGCACACUUGAAAACAACAGGAGGAACGUCUGGUUCGCCGAAUAUUGGGAGGAAAACUUUAACUGCAAGCUGACGAUUAGUGGGUCCAAGAAAGAAGACACAGACCGCAAGUGCACAGGACAGGAAAGAAUCGGAAAAGAUUCCAACUACGAGCAGGAGGGUAAAGUCCAGUUUGUGAUUGAUGCAGUCUACGCCAUGGCUCACGCCCUGCACCACAUGAACAAGGACCUGUGCGCCGACUACCGUGGCAUCUGCCCAGAGAUGGAGCAUGCAGGGGGCAAGAAACUGCUGAAGUACAUACGCAAUGUUAAUUUCAAUGGCAGUGCGGGGACCCCCGUGAUGUUCAACAAGAAUGGGGAUGCCCCAGGACGCUACGACAUCUUUCAGUACCAGACAACAAACACCAGCAACCCCGGUUACCGUCUGAUUGGACAGUGGACAGAUGAGCUUCAGCUCAACAUCGAGGACAUGCAGUGGGGCAAAGGCGUGCGGGAGAUCCCCGCGUCGGUGUGCACGCUGCCCUGCAAGCCUGGCCAGAGGAAGAAGACGCAGAAGAGUGCCCCCUGCUGCUGGUCCUGCGAGCCCUGCGAGGGCUACCAGUACCAGCUGGACGAGAUGACCUGCCAGCACUGCCCCUACGACCAGCGGCCCAACGAGAACCGGACGGGCUGCCAGGACAUCCCCAUCAUCAAGCUGGAGUGGCACUCGCCCUGGGCCGUGAUCCCCGUCUUCCUGGCCAUGCUGGGCAUCAUCGCCACCAUCUUCGUCAUGGCCACUUUCAUCCGCUACAACGACACGCCCAUCGUGCGGGCCUCGGGCCGGGAACUGAGCUACGUGCUCCUGACGGGCAUCUUCCUCUGCUACAUCAUCACCUUCCUGAUGAUCGCCAAGCCCGACGUGGCCGUGUGCUCCUUCCGCAGGGUGUUCUUGGGCCUGGGCAUGUGUAUCAGUUACGCGGCCCUCUUGACCAAAACCAACCGGAUCUAUCGCAUCUUUGAGCAGGGCAAGAAAUCGGUGACGGCACCCAGACUCAUCAGCCCCACGUCCCAGCUGGCCAUCACCUCCAGCUUGAUAUCCGUCCAGCUUUUGGGCGUGUUCAUUUGGUUCGGCGUUGACCCACCCAACAUCAUCAUAGACUACGAUGAGCAUAAGACCAUGAACCCCGAGCUGGCCAGGGGGGUUCUCAAAUGUGACAUCACAGAUCUGCAAAUCAUCUGUUCCUUGGGCUAUAGCAUUCUGCUCAUGGUCACAUGCACUGUGUAUGCCAUCAAGACCCGGGGUGUCCCAGAGAAUUUUAACGAAGCCAAACCCAUUGGAUUCACUAUGUACACCACGUGUAUAGUGUGGCUUGCCUUCAUUCCCAUUUUUUUUGGCACUGCGCAGUCUGCAGAAAAGCUCUACAUACAAACUACCACACUUACAAUCUCCAUGAACCUAAGUGCGUCCGUGGCGCUGGGGAUGCUUUACAUGCCGAAAGUGUACAUCAUCAUUUUCCACCCUGAGCUCAAUGUCCAGAAACGGAAGCGGAGCUUCAAGGCGGUGGUUACAGCGGCCACCAUGUCCUCGCGGCUGUCACACAAACCCAGUGACAGGCCCAACGGUGAGGCCAAGACAGAACUGUGUGAAAACGUAGACCCGAACAGUCCUGCAGCAAAAAAGAAGUACGUGAGUUACAACAACCUGGUGAUCUAACCUGGUCCGUUCCACGGAGCCCGGAGCAGGCAGAGCCUCCUUUCCUGCGUCAUGCAACCUGACACAGGACACUUGGGGUCUUGUCUGCCACCCAUCCACCAGGGGCGCUUCCCCAGCCGGGAGACCAGUGUUAGAGCAUCCAAGGGUCCUGCAGCUGCUCUCAGAAAUAGUCUCACUUGCUCUCGGCUUCCUGAGUCACUGGCAUCAGCGCUGCCAUCUCAGCUGCCAUUCUGGUCCUUCCCUCCCCAAGGGAGACUCGAGACUCCAGCGCCCCCCCCCCAGCUCUUUGGAAGGCAGCACGGGGGGGCCACCACAGCCAUCCCUGGGGCUGAUCUGUCGUUCCGUGUCUGUACUUCCAGGCGGCAAGGUUUCAAAGUGUUCUGUACAGUUCGUGAGGACUUUUGCACUUGGCCAUCAUGUUGUACCUCGGUUCACUGUUUUGUUUCCGAAUGCCCUGUUUCCAUAGAGCCUGGUUCUCUCCGGCGGCCAAAUAUUGGGGGAGAUUUGAGAGUAACAGUUCACAGAGAUGGCGCAGACUCAAGUAAACACCCCUGAGUUCAGGACUGUCUGCUUCAGAUAAAACGCUGCUGCAAAUCAUAU